AUGGAUAUAUGGCGAGGCAGUGGAAAUAAAAAUACUGCCAAUCAUGAAGAUCAAAGGCGACAGUUGCCUUCUGCUGGCGAUAGCAAUGCAGGCCUUCAAUAUACUCCCAGCACUGGAAGUAAUCCAGCCAAUAAUGUGCCUCCAAACUUUUCAUCUGCCACUUACUCCGAUCCUUCGGAAUCGACCCAUUACAGCAAUCCAGUAGGAAAUACGGCUCUAUUGCAGCCAUCCGCCUUUCCUUCGCAAGCAUAUGAUACUCAAUAUUCGCCAGCUGUGACCAAUCCUCCUACAAAUCCACCUCCUUCAUACAAAGCUAAUGAUGCAACUCAACAGCCUCCUGCAGUUGGAACGAACGUUCCUCUCGGUCAAAUGCCUAUAGCUGUGUCGCAUGUGAUGCCUGUUGUACCUGUAAUUAGCUUGUCUUAUCCAAUCAUUCAGAAAAUUACUACUCUAAAUCAAUUAGAGGCAAUACAUUCACAGUCGAUGGAUUGUCCGUUCUGCCAAAAAUCUAUUAGCACUGGAAUUCGAUAUGUAUCCGGCGAUACAACCUAUCUCAUGGCGGCACUCUGCUGCUUUUUCUUGUAA